UCUGGUUUCUUCCGAUUUUUGGACAACGGAUUAGAGAUUAGGACGGCCACAUGCCAUACAUCCGGAAUUUGAAUGUUCACGGGGCUUAUCAGCAAUAUUUUUGGCUUCGUUGUUUCUUCAACUUAUAGCUACAUCUCAGUACACUUUUUAAAUUCGAUUUGAGUAGAUGGAACAUCUCAAAAUGCUGAGGCAGUUAUCCUAUUUGCUAGGCUUAUUAAUUUUUCCAAGUGUGCAAGGAGGAAUCGCGUCCAAUCCAAAGGAUCAGUCGUUGUGCGUUCUCCAAGAUGAACCAAGACAGUGCGGCUCCUAUUGCCUGGGCGCACUCAACCCGCUUUUAGACCAUUCUGAUAAUAUCCGAAAAAGGUUGGAUGAAAUCGAGACAGGACUCGAUUCGAGAUUCAAGCUGGCGGAAGAACAACAUAUGGCGGUGAACUCCGAAAUGAAGAACCAACUGCAGGAACUCAUCACAAAAGAAGACUUCGCGAAUUCAAUUAAGGCUCUGCAGACCAAGCUGGUUGCGAGAUUGGACAGAAUGGAGGAACUUAGGACGUUAAAAAUAACAGCCGAUGCCAACGAUGAACUCAAAAGCCAACUUAAUACUUUGAAAAACACUAUAAAAGACUUGCAGAGUCAGUUAAAAAUAUCGGAAGGUCAAACCAAAAGCAAAGAGGAUAUUUUAAAGGUGAAAGAGGAGCACCUUAAAAAUAGAGAUGAACAAAUCUCGACCCUUACGACUCAAAUAACAGCUAUUGAGAAAACAAAAUCAGAACUAUCUAGUCAGCUUUCGGAAUUGCAAAAUUAUGAUAUUUUUCCUUGUCCCAGUGGCAAUGGGAUUUACGAAAUAAAGGUUCGGGGUCUUGAACCCUUUGAAGUGCCAUGUGCGACGUCUCCACGUGGUUGGACUGUAAUUCAGAGACGCAUUGACGGAUCCGAGAACUUCGAUCGAAACUGGAAUGAUUAUAAAUAUGGAUUUGGGGAUGUCAGAGGAGAAUUCUUCAUCGGGCUGGAAAAAUUGCAUCGAAUGACAGAGGCACGACCCCACGAACUCUACAUUAAACUUGGGAGUGUUAAUGGAUCCACCAGCUACGCUCAUUACGAUGACUUUAAGAUUGGGAGUGAAAAGGAAUUGUACGAGUUGAAGAAUCUAGGUGAAUAUUCUGGUGAAGCCGGAGACUCCCUUACAUACAGUAAGAACCAAAUGUUCUCCACAUUUGAUCGGGAUAAUGACAAUAAAAGUAACGGAAAUUGUGCCUCUAGAUAUGGUGCAUGGUGGCACAAUAGCUGUUCAUACAGUGCGCUCAAUGGAAAAUACUUCAAAGAUGGCGAAAGUUAUUACGGAGUUAAUUGGGACUCAUGGCAUGAAGAUAUGUUUGAAUCACUUAUCUUUGUCGAAAUGAUGAUAAGGCCCAAGUACACGGUUUAAGUAUGAACUAUUUCAAUAGUAAUACAAAGUACGAAAUCUGUACUGUACUCUUAAUGCUGUCUAUUAUUAUUAAUUUGUUUUCAUUUGAUGAAA